AUGCUAAGGAUGCUUAAGAACCCACAUCUCCACCCGGGAAUGCUUUUAUUACUGAUGUGGUUUUGUCACCUUCUUGGAGAUCACAAAGCACAAGCUGGAAACUGCUGGCUUCAGCAGGGGAAAAAUGGAAGAUGCCAGGUCCUUUACAUGCCCGGGAUGAGCCGUGAGGAAUGUUGUCGAAGUGGGAGAUUGGGGACAUCCUGGACGGAGGAAGACGUGCCUAACAGCACCCUUUUCAGGUGGAUGAUCUUCAACGGUGGAGCCCCAAACUGCAUACCAUGUAAAGAAACAUGUGAUAACGUGGACUGUGGUCCUGGAAAAAGAUGUAAAAUGAACAGGAGGAGUAAACCGAGGUGCGUCUGCGCUCCAGACUGCUCCAACAUCACCUGGAGAGGACCCGUCUGCGGCUCAGACGGAAAAACCUACCGAGACGAAUGCGCCCUUCUCAAGUCAAAGUGCAAAGGUCAUCCGGACCUGGAGGUGCAGUACCAGGGCAAAUGCAAGAAGACGUGUCAUGACGUCUUGUGCCCAGGCAGUUCUACCUGCGUGGUGGACCAGACCAACAACGCCUACUGCGUGUCCUGUAACCGGGUGUGCCCUGAGGUCACCUCGUCGGAUCAGUACCUGUGCGGGAACGACGGCAUUGUCUACGCCAGCGCCUGUCACCUGAGGAGAGCCACGUGUUUGCUCGGCAGGUCCAUCGGCGUGGCGUACGAGGGAAAGUGCAUCAAGGCCAAAUCGUGUGAGGAUAUCCAGUGCAGCGGAGGGAAGAAGUGUUUGUGGGACUCUCGUUUGGGGAGGGGGCGCUGCGCUCUGUGCGAGGAGAGCUGCCCGGAGGGGCGGUCGGAGGAGGCAGUGUGCGCCAGUGACAACACCACGUACCCCAGCGAAUGUGCCAUGAAACAGGCCGCAUGCUCGCUGGGCAUACUGCUGGAAGUUAAACAUACGGGAUCUUGUAAUUCCAUUACCGAAGACCUGGAGGCUGAGGAUGAGGAGGAUGAGGGUGAGGAUGAAGAAGACCAGGACUACAUGGCUUAUAUCCAUCUCUCACCUUUACUGGACGGAUAA